AAAGUUAAAUCGAACUAUCAAUCAGUCACAAAUUACUUACAGUUAGUGGAAUGGUGGUUAGAAAAUACUUCGAAGAUUGAUAAUUAUCGAAAAAUUAUCUACUAAGAAAUAAUUAUAAAGUUUAAUCGUCGAGAACGCGCCAUUUUAGCAAUCGUCUGCACCAUAAGGCCUGAGGGCAGAGGAUAUUAUCACCGGACAAGUGCGUUGCAGUAUAUUCUGAACCGGCGUUGGUAAUUGUACGUGGCAGAUGAUGUCAAAAGUGUUAUUUAACGCAACUUCACUACUAGCCAAGAGAACCUUCAGCUACACACCCAGAGUUCUAUCUUCAACAAUGACCGAAGCACUGAAACAACACGGCGUUGUCCCCGAUGUAAUCGACAAGGUACCAGCCUCAAUUGCCAAGGUAUCUUUCCCUGGAAAUGUGUCCGUGGACGUUGGAAAGGUUCUUACGCCAACGCUGGUAAAAGACCAGCCAACCGUCACCUGGGAUGCAGAACCUUCUACAUUCUACACCCUUUGCAAAAUCGACCCUGAUGCACCCAGUCAUAAGACACCGACAUACAGAGAAUGGCACCACUGGAUUGUCGGAAACAUUCCAGGAAAUGAUAUUUCCAAAGGCGACGUUCUCUCCGAAUACAUUGGCGCUGGCCCCCCCAAAGACACAGGUCUUCACCGCUACGUUUUCUUGGUGUACAAGCAACCUGGUAAGAUUAACUUCGAUGAGCAACGGUUGACCAAUAAGAGUGGAGACAAUCGUGCCAAAUGUUCAAUCAAGAAGUUCGCUGCUAAAUACAAGCUUGGAGAUCCUAUUGCCGGAAACAUGUACCAGGCUGAAUACGACGACUACGUUCCCAUAUUGUACAAGCAACUUGGUGACUAAUUUUGCUAGUUAAGUUUGUUGAUUUGAUUUACAUAUGAUGUUAAUUUUAUGCAAUAUCUAUGCCGUACUACUGUUUACACGAGCAAGUUGGGAGCUAGCCAAUAAUCACGUAUUUUCUUACAAAUAAACAGUUCCACGUAGAUCACUUAUU